UCGGUCAGCAUAAUUGCAUGUACAAACGUGUCGUGCAAUGUACGCUAGCAGUUGGUGUAGAAAGUGGAAGUGUUCGCCGUUUCUAUGGAAAGCAGACCGUGUGAUGCGGGGCAUAAUUGGUGUAACGAUAGAAACUGUUGCACGCGGGACUGUGUCUGUGUGUGAGGGAACCGCCGCCUACCCUGUUAUCAUCGUAUUACGGUCCAACUCGUUCUGUCGUGAUGGCUGACCGAAAUGAGAUCAGUCCGCGAAUGGUGUUCUGUGAAGAAAGUUCCAGCCUGGAAAGCAGUGUCGAACAUUCCGGUGGACAUUAGAAACGUUAUACUGUGUGUGUGUGUGUGUUUGUGUGUGAGUGUGUGCACCUUUGUUUGAACUGGGAAAAUAGAUCAUCCUCUUCGCGGCGGAGUACAAUUUGAGGCGAGCGUGUAUCGCGUAUUGCAGUGAAAGGAAAAUAUCUAGAAAACACAAGCACACAUACGCACCGAUCCGGAGCGCGCGAUCGCGUACCGUUCAUGUACGGUGGUGGCGGUGGACGCCUACCGAGCGUCAUCUCUUCCUUGGUGUGCCCCUAACGACAAGUAAGCAAAAAACGCAAUGCCUUCGCCUAAUGGACCGAAAGCGGCCGGUGGUGGUGGUGCGCUGUCGGAGGAAGCGCAGGCAGCGAUCGCUGUCAUCCGGGCGCUGGUGGCCUCGCGCAAGGAAACAUCCAACGUGCUCAGCGUGAUGCGCGACUACCGGCAGCUCGAGGGCGAUCCGCUCCCGUACCGGAAGUUUGGGUUCAGCACGGUGGAAGAGUUUCUGCUGGCCAGCAAGGAGUUUGUGAUCAAAUCGAGUGCCGGCGAGUCGACACGCAUCUACAUCAAGCCGAACCGGGACUCGGCCCACAUCCAGGAGAUGGUAGCGGCACAGAAAACGGCCAAGGGCGGUGGGACGGGCAAGAAGGUGAACUUUGUCGCGCUGCGCCAACCGACCGGUCCGUGUAAUUCGAAGGGCUUCUCGAGCCCGACGACGACGGCGUACAGUCGGAUCUACCAGCAGAUGCCCAACAGUGGCCGAAACAACAGCACCAAUUACAGUCCGAAGCGUGUUACGUUCGGUGGUGAGAAGACUUCUCCACCCGGUACCGCGCCGAAGGGUGGCAAAUCGCAAGGACUGUGGUCGAACGGUGGGGGGAAUGGGCAGCAACCGAAGAGCCAAGGACAGAUGCGGCCGAUAACGAAAAGCAAGGCGGGCGCGACACAGCAAGCGCAAGCGAAUCCUUCCGGAAGGAGUGCCAACUCUUCCUCACCCGAGGCUAACAAUAACAGUCGUUCGACGAAGAACUACAAUCUCAAUGGCGCAGGUGGACAGCAGCAGCAAUCUCAACUUUCUGCCAAUGAUUUACGGCACAAGCUGACGACGAGCAAUAAAAAUGUCGCUGCCGAAGAUCUGCGCCAGAAGCUGAACGCACGGAACAGUGCGCUCAGCCGUUCGUCGGUCGAGAUGCGCCAGCCGGACAAAGCACUGCCAACGGUUUCCUCCGCGACCGCCGCUACCGCUGCCAGGCCCGGCGUUUCGGCGGCCGCACGCAAACAGCUACCGUUUAGCGUGGAAGACAAAGGUGCGAGUAAAAAGGCACAGCAAAAGCCAACGGGCGUCGCACGAAACAGCAACGGUAGCGCUAAUAGGCCAGCAGGAGGUGCCGCCGCCGGAUCCGGUCGGGUGGUACUUCCCUUGACGAUGUCUCCCGCAACGCCGCUACCGCUGAUGUCGAUCGUCGUGCCGCCGCCGACGCCCGCCGUUGCUGCUGCAACGCCCGGUCCGAUGGGUGUGAAAAGUGUAAACGCAAGACUGAACGUGCCGAAGGCCGAUCUGCCUUCCGUUGGUGGCACGCCACCAACGCCGGCAGUAGCUGCAGCAGCCGCAGCAGCAGCCGCAACUGCUACACCGUCCUACCAACGUGCGCAAUCCCUUGACGAAAGAAAGUCCACCCCGGCCUACCCGUACCUGGACAGUCGUUCGAUUUCUCAACCACAACCGGAUAUGAUGCCGCCGUACAUAGCUCCCAAGCUGCCGACACUCCCAGGCAAAAAGUCGCUCCAGGAUCGGUUGAAGCUCAAUCAGCAGGUUGCGAACGAAGACUUGGAAAAGGUGGCCAAACUUAAGUCUCCCAACCUCCCCGAGCCGGGAACACCUGCAACGGCGAACCCGCUCGAGCGUACGUCCAAACCUGUGCCCGGGCCUGCUGACCCUUUGCCCGGCAAUUAUAAUGGGUCCUUUGUGUCGAUUGCGGCACUCCAGCAAGGACCGUUCCGGUGGGACGAUCCGAACGCGACUCCGGUGGAGAUACUGAUGAAGUACAGCCUGCACAAAGGUUUCUCCCGGCCGGAGUAUGGCUACUUCAAGCUGAAGAGCGGUCGCUAUCAGUGUCUCGUUACGGUUAAUGGGUCGUCGUACUCCACCUACCCGGACGACUACGUUAACCAGUUCGAGGGCCAGUUUGCGGCGGCACUGAACGCGAUCGAAGCGAUCCAGCGUGACGAAUCGCGCCAAAAGUACAGCAAGUGUCUCGAUACCGAUCGUGAAAUUGCGCACCACAUAUACGAGCUGGUGCUGAGCUGUCCGCACGGUAUGUUUAGCAAAAACAUUCCGAACGCGUUCGAGGAAACGCAUCGCGCCCUGCUGCCGGAUCACUGGUUCGCGAUCAUCGACCAGUACGCGAACCAGCUGUUUGUGCUGGAGGAUGGACCGACCGGUGAUACGAUCGUGUUUGCCCGGGAGCAACCGUCCAGCUCGGACGCCGGUUCCAACACGUCGGAGGCGCGCCAGAUGGCGAUGAACCAGCUGACGUUGCCGUGGGAGGAACAGUACUGGAAUCUGUACGUGACCAAUCCGGUGUCGACGGUGGAGGUUUGGGCCAGGCUGGUCGGCAAGGAGUACAGCGAUAAAAUGGAUUCGCUCAUCACCGACAUCGAGAUGUCCAUGAUGAGCGAGCAGGAGAGCGCGAAAAGGGACGUUACGGCUGCGGUGGGCGAGUACUAUCUCGUAUCGAUCAGCGACUGUUGGUUCCGCGUACGGGUGGUCGAGAUCAACUACGAGACGAACCAGUGUCAAUGUUUCUUCAUCGACAUCGGGGACAGCGAGCAGAUUGCGCUCGACCAGCUGUACCGCUGCGAGCAACAGUACCUGGACCUGCCGGCCCAGGCGCUCUGCUUCACGCUCGAGGGACUGGAAGACUUUAGCGAAAACCCGACCGCCAAACAGAUCCUCGGCCAGCGCAUCAACCAUCGCGUGCUGAUCGGGAUGAUCCUGUCGAGGCGGGAGGAGUACGAGCAGUCGGAACGGCGGGACGGCAUUGGGUCGAGCUCGCUGAAGGUGGUGCUGUACGAUACGUCCUCGGCGGAGGACGAGGUGGUGAACCCGAUACUGUUGCAGCAGAUCUGCAAGAGCAUGCCGGUGCCCGAGUUGAACCGGAAGGCGGUGAACUACGUAAGCAUUACGUACGUCGACGACCAGGGCGACGUUUACUGUCAGCUGGAUGGUGCCAUGAACUACAUACAGAAAUUGAUCACCAACCUGACACAAGCGAACGCACUGGAAGACCAGCACCGAGGUCUGUACAGCUCGAAAGCAACCGAGCAGCAGCUCUACCUCGUGCAGGACGAAACCGACGGCAAAUGGUACCGUGCGGUGCUGGAUGCGGAAGAAUCGGGCCCCUACUGCCGCAUGCUGUACGUCGACGUUGGCUGCCGGCGACGCGCGAACGUGCAACACAUUUACCGCCUCGAUUCGCUCAGCCUCGGUCUGCGCAGCUACCCGCCACAGGCCAUCCGGAUGCGUAUGUUCGAACUGCCUGGGUGUGGUGAGCCGCAGGUUCUUGCGCGGCUGCGUGCCUUCCUGAAGCCUGCCGUACCCGCGAUGGCUAAGGUGUUCUCGAUGGCCAACGCCGUACUGCCGCUGGUGAAGCUGUACGUGCACGUGUCGGACCGUGAGGCCGGCAAUAACAUACUGGUGUGCGUGAACGAAGCGAUCAAGAUCGAGAAGGAGCUCGAGAUGGGAUCGGAACGGAUCAGCAGCCUUUCGCCACGCAUCGCGCUGGUGGACGAUGGCCGGUCGCUGAACUGUUCCGGAUCGGAUACGACGAACGUGUCCCAAUCCACAGGCACCAGCUACUCCAUGAGCAGCACCGAUGGGAAGGAGCUGGCCAGCCGUUUCGAUGCACUGCACGUCGGUAGCAAGGGUGCAGAAUCGAAAUCGUCCGCAGCGCCCAGUAGCAGCGGCCCGUUGCCGGCGGCGGGUACGAAAGCGAUCGCUAAGCUGGCAAAAAUUACGCUCCCCUCGGUCGGGCAGGUGUUUAACGUGAAGGUGACGAUCGCGAACAAUCCGAAGUUUUUCUUCGUCCAACCGUACGCGUACCUGCCGCAGCUGGACACACUCAUGCACGAACUGCAGGACUUUUGCAUGACGAAAGCGCAACCGGUUCGCAAGGAGCAGGUCCGGCAGGGUGAAGCGUACGCGGCCGUCAACAACCUUGGCCACUGGUAUCGUGCUCUUGUGGUUAACAUUAACCCAUUCGGACCGACGCCGAUCCACGCGUACUUUUGUGACUUUGGGCAGGUGCAGCAGCUGGACGCAGGCGCACUGCGGGUGCUUCCGGCCGAGUUCCGCGUGCUGCCACAGCAGGCGAUUAAAGCAAAGCUUUACGGCGUAAAACCACUGCACAACGACUGGACCAUAUCGGACGCGAUGCGGUUCAAGGAGCUGACGGCCGACUGCACCUUCGCCAGCAUCGUGCGCAACGUCCAGGCGGAUGAGCUGAACCCCCAGGAACAGUUGAUCGAGCUGGAACUGAUCGACGUGUCCACCGAUACCGAUGUGUUCCUGCACAAAAUACUCGUUGACGAAGGUCGGGCCGUUUAUACCGCAGCAGCGCACACCGUGUAAGGGGGGGUGCGCUCGUUGCGUGCUACGGCCUUCGAUCGAUCGAUUCCGUCAAGAAGUAGUUGUUGGGCGGCUCGUUAACGUUUUACUACAUUUACCACAUUACCUUAAAUAAUAUUAAAGCAAACGAAGGAAAGGGGAGAGAACAUAUUUAUUGCCGGUUGCUUCGCUGUGCGACCGAAAGAAGCAGCAGCCAUCGAACGAUAUUUCAUUCUGCGUGCAGAAGAUUUAAAUACUUAACGGUUAAACGCUCGAUAAGCAUAUUUAGCAAGCAAACGUAGGAGAAGGAAUUAUUUCUUCUGUUCGAUACAUAUACAUGGAAAGCAGCGAGAUACGCACGAUGAGAAGUUUGUAUUGAUAAGUAGCAUUCCAUUAUGUAAAACUUCUUAUAUUCAUAUACAUGAGCAAAGCAAAAUGUAUGGAUGAACCGAGCAGAGGAAGGAGAGGAACCACCAACCCGGGAUGGUUGGUUGUGACGCGGGGAGAUUAAUUAGGUAAAAGCUGAAUAUUGUGAACCCGAACGGCUUAAUAAUUCGAUUUCAUUAACAUUACCGAACCCACGAUACGAUUGGGUUUAAAGGUAGAAACAAACCUUAUGCUUAUGCUCGAGGGGAAAUGGUAACGGUUCUACACUACACUAACGAGGCUUUUCUUCAUUCACACGCGACAUUUUAAUAAUUGUACCGCGAAUGAAGGAUAAUUAUAGCGUUUAGCGAGAUAAAAGCUAACCAAGCAGCGUUUCAAUAUUUAUUUUGCACCACAACACCCCCCUACUUUUGCCGGUCGAACCGGAUUGUCCCCCCGGCCCUUGAGUUGGAAAGCGAAUGAUUUUUGAAAGAGUUUUUGAUAAAGGUGCUCUUAAACCUAUGCCGUCUAUCGAUAAGCAUGAAACGGUCAUUUGCCCCCUUUUUUUACUCAAAAAAUAAUAUCUUGCUUCCGUUACUAUUAUUUACUCUUUUAUGUCUCUUUUUGUUUUUGUUUGUUAACAAACAAUAAGACUAACAUUUUGCCAAUUCGAAUGAUAGACAGAAACCCCGUUGAACCAUUCGUUCUUGAACCUUUAAUCUUAUUGUGUGACGAAAUCAAAAGAUGCAAGAGUUGCCAAGAGAGAGAUGGAGAUGAGAGAGAGAAACUUCUAAACCUUUUAGCAUUAAACAAUGAGUCAUAGACUUCGACUUGUGUAAUUGUGAUAUGAAUGAAACGUAAACAUAUGAUAUGAGCUGCAUGCCUUUUUUUAUACGAAUAAGCUUGUGCUAUACACACUACAUCUGGUUUUUUUGUAGUAAUUAAAAAAACAAUCAUAUGUAUUAGCGUUUAAAUGUGAUAGAAACGAUAUACACGCAAAAAACCCGGUUGGGGUGGUAAGCUGAGGGUGUGAGAGCCCCGGAAACGAACGGGAAAGCGAACGAUGGCCGCUAGGAGUUGAAAAAGGGAUGAAGAGAGGAGAGUGAGGAGUGAAAUCUGUACACUGGGAGGUGAGUGAGCUUUUAUAUAAGAUUUUGUAUUUGUUUUCGUUGCCCUUCUUUUAAGAAAUUAGUAUCGCGCUCGACUGGGUGAGAGAGAGAGAGAGAGAGUGAGGAUGGUUUUAUAUUAUCGUGAAUUUUUAUUUUAUGUGUUGAAAUUAUUACUCUUAUAUAUUUCUUACUCGUUUUAGUAAUCGGAAAAAACAGCGCAUAAAAAAUGAGCGAUGUAGCGCUUUAACUCACCUAAUACAGGCAGCUCAUACAAGCAGCUUUUUCAUGAUGAAUUGAUGUCUAUAAUCCUUUGCUAUUUUCUAUCGUGCAUUAUCAUCUGCACCCUCCUUUUUUAUGCUGGAAUUUAUGUAGCGUGGGUUUUUGUUUUCAAAUAAUGUUAUAAGAAAGGUUCUAUUACACCAUUAUUAUAACUAACCCUCCUCCCCAUUACAAUAAUUAUCAGACAAACAAGGCAGGCCUCCCCCCCGAUAAGCCGAUCGACGAAAUGCGCUUGUGGAGAAACGAGACUACUUCAAAUUACAAUCACGAAUUAAGCAACUUUUUUGGAGGAAAAAAAAACAUGCGAAAGAGAGGAGUGCGCAACAAAACGAUACAAAAAAAAAGAAGCAAGCGAUUUUAUAUGUUAACUACGCAAUAUAUACCAUAUCAUAUGCCGCAUAUAUUAUGUGCCUUAUUUAAUGCGAACGACGAGCUCGAGGCGAAACGAUAUUAAAAUGAAAAGAAAUGAAGCUAACCGGUGUCAGACACAGA